AUGACUAUAAAAUUGGGGGAUACAAUAUUCCGCGAAGGCACAAUUUUGCUAGUUAAUGCAUGGGCAGUUCACAGGGACCCAAACGUAUGGGAUGAUCCAACAAGCUUCAAGCCAGAGAGAUUCGAAGGCUUGCAGGUUCAGCCAUCAAAGCUGAUUCCAUUUAGGAAGGGAAGGAGAUCUUGCCCUGAUUCUGGCCUAGCACAGCGGGUGGUGGGUUUGGCCUUGAGAUCUCUAAUUCAGAGUUUUGAUUGGAAAAGAAUUGACGAGGAGGAAAUUGAUUUGGUUGAAGGGACAGGAGUGUCCACGCCAAAAGUCAAGCUACCAGAAAAAACGUGUGUGUCCCGCAGGGAGUGGACCCCGCAGACUAUUCACCACCCUCAGCAACUUGCUGGCAGCAAGGUUCGAACCAGGGACCUGAGGCUCCAUCUUCAACAACCUCAACCACCAGACCAAGCCCCUGAGGGCUCUUAA